AUGAACCUCCACUAUUCCGUCCUCUUCCUUGCGUCUAUCCUACUACUGUCGUCGUCCGCCUCUGCAGACUCUCUCAACCUCUUCAAGGUCCAAGCGAUUACUAACUUCCCCCAAAAAUGCGCGGCCACCUACAGCAUCGAUAUCAGCGACUGCAGUCCAUCUGAGAUCACCGUAAGCGGCGAGAUCGAACCCGAUGGCAGAGGUGUCUGCUCGCUAGAGUGCAUUGCCGCCCUGUCGAUGGUCAACAACAACCUUCUUUCUGCGUGUACAGGUGUGCAAGCAAAUGCGAACACACUGAUUGGCAUGUUUUUUGCACAAAAGGGGGUCAGCUAUCUAUGUCCCAACAGCGUGGUGGGGAAUGGACCAGCGCCUUCAUCUACAGGAGUGGAAAGCACAGCAGCAGAGACGUCCACAUCAUCAUCAUCAUCAUCCUCGAGCGGCGAGACUUUGACAACGACUACAACGACAACAACCUCCUCAAGUAGUACGACAGAAUCCUCGCAAUCUAGCAUAACGUCAGCACCCUCACCCUCAUUCCAACCAACGACAGCAGUAGACAAGGGUGUUGCUACCGUCCUAACCUCUGAAGCCCAACGAAGCGAUAGCUCAAAGUCAAAUCCAGACGCGUUUGGUGGUGGAGGCAGUCCAUUUGAAGUUGCCGCAAAUGGUGCUGUUCCAGGGAGAGUGAGAAAUAGUGUCCCAGUCAUGUUAUAUGCUGCGACGUUCUGGAGUGUCAUGGCGGGAUGCUGGAUCUUGGUUGGUGGAUGA